CACACGUCAGACCAUCUUAAUCGAGCGUCCUCAGGUAGCGUUGAUGUCGGUCCCUGCCGUCCUGAUAUUUUGCUAACGCGCCGGGACCAAAUCAAAGCUCUAAUAUGUUUCUGUCUGCUGCUGUUCGUUCUGCAGUAUCGCAGGCGGCCAGGCAGGUCAGAAGUCUGCAUCAAUCUGCUGCACGUGCUGGAGCUGGAGGCAUCUUUGUGCACAGAGAUGCUCCUGACAACAACCCUGAUACUCCUUUUGAGUUCACCGAGGAGAACAAAAAGAGGAUUGAGGUGAUCGUUUCAAUGUACCCCGUUGGACACAAACAAGCGGCCACCAUCCCAGUGUUGGAUUUAGCCCAGAGGCAACAUGGAUGGCUCCCCAUCUCGGCCAUGAACAAGGUUGCUGAGGUCCUGGAAAUUCCUCCAAUGAGAGUGUAUGAAGUAGCGACAUUCUAUACAAUGUUCCUGCGUCAGCCCGUGGGAAAAUACUUCAUACAAGUCUGCACCACAACACCCUGCAUGCUCUGCAACUCAGACAGCAUCCUGGAGGCCAUCCAAAACAAACUAGGUAUCAAGGUUGGAGAGACCACUCCAGACAAGAUGUUCACUCUAAUAGAAGUGGAAUGCCUGGGUGCCUGUGUGAAUGCUCCAAUGGUACAGAUCAAUGACAACUAUUAUGAGGACCUUACACCUAAGGAUAUUGAGGAUAUUAUUGAUGAUCUUAAAGCAGGAAGAAUCCCACCACCAGGACCCAGGAGCGGGCGCUUCUCCUGUGAGCCUGCAGGAGGAUUAACUUCUCUGACAGAGCCUCCCAAAGGACCCGGCUUCGGUAUAAGACCAGACCUGUAGACAUUUCUGGCUAUCACCUGCUUUUUUUUUUCUAAAGCAACUUUUGCCUAAAGCUGGUAUUAUAUUUAACUCAAACAUUGUGUAAAUAAAUCAUUCAUGUGCCUCUGC